AUGGCCGACGAUGGCAGGAGCAAGGCCAUCACCGUCGUCACGGCGGUUAUGCUGGCGAUCUCUCUCACCACAGUCUUACUACGAUGUUUUGUACGAUUAAGGGUUGUCAAGGCGUUUGGGUGGGAUGACGCUACGAUGGUUGCUGCGAUGACACUCAAUCUCGGAUUCGCGAUUUGCGGUCUCAUCGGACCCAAGUAUGGCAUGGGCAAGAAGAUGACUUAUUUCGCAUUCUAUCCCGACCACUUCCAUCGCGCUUUAUUCUGCUGGUGGCUAGGUCAAGUCUUCUACCUCUUCACCUGCGUCAUGGCCAAAUUCUCCAUCAUCAUCUCCCUCCUGCGCAUCACCAUCGACCGUAUCCAUCGCUACAUUCUCUACGCCGCCAUGGGCCUGACCCUGCUCGUCGGAUUGCUUUUCUUCUUCUUCACCGUCUUCCAGUGUCAGCCUGUCGACUUUUUCUGGAAUCGAAUGUCUGAGAAGGGGACGUGUAUUAAUACCGAUACCCUGCUGGAUAUCGCGUAUAUCUAUAGUGUGGGCGCGGCCAUUACCGACUUUACGAUCGGGUUGCUUCCUAUUUUUGUGAUUUGGAACUUGCGCAUGAAUCCACGGGCCAAGGUUGCCAUUGCUGGGAUUCUGGGCCUUGGGUGCAUCGCGAGUGCUGCCGUCAUCGUCCGCAUCCCCUAUCUGCACAACUACAAAUCGCACGACUUUCUCUACGCAACAUCCAACAUCUCCAUCUGGUCCAACAUCGAAGCAGGCCUCGGCAUCACCGCCGGCUCCCUCACCACCCUGCGCCCCCUCAUCCGCUUCCUGCGCGACGGCUCCUCGGCCUCCCGCAGCACACCACACACCCCGGGCUCCUUCCCUCUCUCCUCCACCUUCGGCCACGGGCUGAAGUCUUCCAAAUCCCGCCGCUCACGCACCCGCACCAACCCCGACGACGCCCGCCAUCUCUGGACAGGAAGCCACGACGAAUACACCGGCACCACGACGACGGUCAUGGGCUCGCACGACCCGCACCGCAACACCAGCGAGGAAGAGCUGAAUGCGGGCUUUGAACCGAGUUCGAAUCCCGACGAGCGCGAGCUGAAGGUUGAGCGGACGUUUCGGGUUUCUGUACGGAAUGAAUCGCCCUGA